UCCAGGCCAGGAAUGGCCCAUGGGAACUGAGGGCUGAAAAUGAAACACCAUCCCAGUGACAAAGUUGCAUGUGGCAAUUAUGACCCCUUCUUGAUUUGUAUUUUUACUCCCCAGCAGAAAUUAUGCCGGGCCUGUUUCCAUCCCCAUUUAAAAUCCAAGAGCAUUGGCAGUAUGAGGUCCCCAGGGGCUCUGGGUACAGAUCAGCCUUGCAGCUCCCUCCUGACACAGCACUCAGUGAAAACCUCACCCGUCGCUGCUGGCAAUGAAAUAAAGGAGAUAUUUAGGAAGCUGAAAGAGAUAAAUAAGUGGAGAGCAAGAAUUACAAGCCCCUGAGUAGGUGAAGCCAGCCUUUGAAGCAGAAGAGAAGAGAUGAGUUUUUCAUUUGCAGUUGACAUCAACUCUGGUAUUUAAGAUGCUGAUAUCUCUUGCCAGGAAUGGUUUCCUCAUUCUCACUUAACUGCUAAUUCACCAACUGGAUGAGUGCCUAACAGCAGCAGUGAUCAAUUAAUUCAAUUACCACUCAGACUUUCCCUCUGCCCAAAUUCAUCCCAGCCCCUCAGCUGCCCCGAGGGCAAUGGGGGAUGAACUGAGAUACAAGAUUCCAGGGAGCUCAGCUGAGUUCUAGCAGGGUUUCCCCAGAGGAUAGGUUGGGAUAUCCCAGCAUUGAGCUGUCCCACAAGCUGCUCUGGUACAAGCGGGAUGUGAAACCAGGCUGGUGUCUCACCUUCCCACAUUAGCCCCAUCUCCUUCCAUUUCCACUGCCCUGUCCCAGGGUGGGCUCCAAUUGCUUCCUGAAAAAGGACCCAAAAUUUGAGAUGCAGCUGCCAAAGAAGAAGAGCAAGCUGCACUACCACAUCGCCGUCAUCAUCAACUACCUGGGCCACUGUGUUUCCCUGGGGGCCCUCCUCGUGGCCUUUGUCCUCUUCAUGCGUCUGCGGAGCAUCCGGUGUCUGAGAAACAUCAUCCACUGGAACCUGAUCACAGCCUUCAUCCUACGCAAUGCCACGUGGUUUGUGGUGCAGCUCACCAUGAGCCCAGAGGUGCACGAGAGCAACGUGGUUUGGUGCCGCUUGGUCACUGCUGCCUACAAUUACUUCCAUGUCACCAACUUUUUCUGGAUGUUCGGAGAGGGUUGCUACCUGCACACGGCCAUCGUGCUCACCUACUCCACAGACAAGCUCCGCAAAUGGAUGUUCAUCUGCAUCGGCUGGUGUAUCCCCUUUCCCAUCAUCGUUGCCUGGGCCAUUGGGAAGCUCUACUACGACAACGAGAAGUGCUGGUUUGGGAAGCGAGCAGGUGUUUAUACUGACUACAUUUACCAAGGCCCCAUGAUCCUGGUGCUUCUGAUCAACUUCAUCUUUCUAUUCAACAUCGUCCGAAUCCUCAUGACAAAGCUCCGAGCUUCAACCACAUCAGAGACAAUCCAGUACAGGAAAGCAGUCAAAGCCACACUGGUGCUGCUGCCCUUGCUGGGGAUCACCUACAUGCUGUUCUUUGUCAACCCAGGGGAGGAUGAGAUCUCCAGGAUAGUUUUCAUCUACUUCAACUCUUUUCUAGAGUCUUUCCAGGGCUUCUUCGUCUCUGUCUUCUACUGCUUCCUGAACAGCGAGGUGCGAUCAGCCAUACGGAAGCGGUGGCACCGGUGGCAGGACAAGCACUCCAUCCGUGCCCGCGUGGCGAGGGCCAUGUCGAUCCCCACCUCCCCAACCCGCGUCAGCUUCCACAGCAUCAAGCAAUCCACGGCUGUCUGAGCCGGGAGGGAGAAGCCACGCCAGGAGCUGAUGUCCCCACUGUGGGGACAUGGCACAGGACCGGGUUCUGCCUGUGGCCCCAGCCUGCAAGGAGAGCAUGAACUCACUCGGUCGUAGGACACCUGCACAGCUCCUGCCCCAUCUGCUGAGCAGGCCUGGAGGACAGACAGCUGAGAUGCUGCUUUGUCAUCUCCCUGGCAGCUGUGUGAUCUGCUGGCCUGGCAGAAUGAGCCAGAAGAAUCUGGAGAGGUUGCAGCAGCUUUCUGCCGGCUCCAUCCUGAGCAGGAUGUCUCGUAUCACUGCCUUUAUUGGGUUUGUCUGCUUUGAGGUGAUGAGACACCAGGACAUUGCUGGGACAGCUUCUGGGGUUAGUUACAUUGGAAGCUGGGUCAGCCUUCCAGUGGGCACAUGCUGGAAUGCUGCUGGUGGGGGGGGCAGGGGGGAACUCUCUAGAGAAGCCAAAGUCCUAUGAGUUGGAAGGGAUGGAUGGAGAGCCCUGGAGUGAUUGCAGACAUUGCUUCAUGUGGCUGUGUUUCUGUAGGUCUGGGGCUGAGUCCUUCCCCUGUCUCUUGCUAGGUCUCCAGAUGUCCUGUAACUGCUGCUGGGUCUGACCAGGGCAUUUCUUAUCUUGACACCAAAGGUGGGGUAAAGCAAUGGGGUGGGAGAGGGGAGGGAACUCCCCUCCCAUGGGGGUGGGUCCUAGGGCUCUGAACAGCCACAUGGAGUGGGCUUGAUCUGGAGGCAAGCACAGGAAUUCGUUAAAUCCUCUGGUCCAGGUCUCUGCAAAGCCCUGGACCUCAGGCUGACUCCAUGUCUCUGCUCAGGGGAUGAAAAGGUGAGGGAGCCCUGCAGUGGAGCGGUGGCUGAGAUCCCAAAAGGCAGCUACUGCAGGGACAGGCCCUGGCUUUGCCCCCCUUCCUUGCCCUGCUUUUACCUGGGCAGGUGGACCCAGUGCCAAAGCUGCUCCUUGCUCUUGUGCAGGGGAUGGGACCAAACCAUCCCCAUGUUGGGGUUAAGUGCCUUGGAGGAGCAGCAGCCUCCUCUGCUCCCUUCCCUCCCUUCCUAUCUCCCUCCUCAUUCUGGGGACCCCAGAUUGACCCCGGUUCCCCCUCUUCCAUUGCCCUCUUCCAUCUGGUCAUUGAAAGCAGCUGAGCAGACAGGUCCAUGCAAGUGGAGGGAUUUGCCUUGACCUCUUUGGAGCCACCUUUUCCUUGUCCCAUACAAGGUCUGGGGAUGCCCAGGCAGGGGACAGGUUACAGUAGGUUUAUGGACUGUCUGCCCUUUGCAUCCCAGGGAUUUUGCCACUGGAGCUGUACAGGGUCUGGUGUGAGCCCCUUCACACUUCUGUGCUUCAGUUUUCCCACUAUGAAGAACGGGCAUAAAUGUUUCCUGCCCUGGGCAGAUUUAAACAUCUUUGAAAUUGCAGUGUUCUGUGAUUUCCUCAGGAUAUACCACCAGAAAGGAAUAAAAUCUUGCAUUUUUGUUUUUGUUCGUUUAAAGGGAAGCAUAGGGAACCUCUCGGUUCUUUCUUCAAACAUUUGUGAAAUUCAGUAGUUUGGAGCAAAUUCCUCCCACUUAUCUCCCAUUUUGAUUUUCUACCUGCAUGACUACAGUGCAGCCAAACUGGAAAUAUCCCAUUGACUUCAGCAAAAGCAACAGUUCCCAGUAUGACACAGAGACGACAAUAAGGACCGUACCCUGCAUAUGGGGCACGUUUCAGUUUCUGUUCGACUUCAGCCACUUCCAACAGUCCCAAUAACUGCCCCUUCUUCAAAAUAUGGGUGUGAAAAACUCCUGGAGUUACGCAAUGGGAAAAGCAACAGUUCCCAGCUUUAGGGACACUUUCUGCUGGUGCCCUACAAAGAGUAGACUUGUGUCUUCUGUGUUUUGUUUUCUCUGUUGGGUACUUUGGCAGGAGCUAAUAAAGAUCUGCUGGCAAUGGAGAAGGGGGAAAUGCCCCAGAGAGCUUUUUUCAUCAUCCCUGCAAGUGGUGUUGCCGGAAAGUGUUGUGCUAUAUGUUCAGUUUGGAUUUUUCUAAAGUGGGGUCUUUUGGUGGAAAGAAGCUGGAAAUUGAAAAUUGAAAUUGAAAAACCAAAGAAAGAAACCCAAACAGAAGCAUCUGUGUUCACAUCACUGUUUUUCCCUUCUUUUGGUGGUCUGCUCCAACUGAUGUGACUUUGCUUUCCAUAACUGGAGUGUGUAUUCUCAGUCUUAUUUGAUUAAAAAAUACUUCAAUUCCUCAUA